CGUGAUCGCUUGCCUAUGAAAGGAAAAUGACAGGUGCCCUUUCACACCAAUCUGUCAAGUGUCAACACAAUCCAAAACCAAUUUUAGGCAACAGCUUUAUAAACACCUUCCAUUUCCUUCUUUCUUCCUCAUUCCUCCUCAGUCCUCAGUCUUAAGUUUCAAGUUUUACAUCCUUUGUAAUCCAGUAAAAAGAUGGCUGGAGAAAUUUUUGUUCUUCCGGCUUUUGGACAAGGCCAUCUCUUUCCUUGUAUUGAGCUCUGCAAGCUCAUAGCUUCCCGCAGCUACAAAGCUACCCUCGUCAUAUUCUCCACUCUCUCCUCCUCUGUCCCCUCUUCUUUUCGACAACAUCCUCUAAUUGAAAUCUUCGACAUUCCUUCGCCCUCGGGAUCUGACCCGAUUCCCAUGCACCCUGAUAGCAAGCCACAAAUGCUCCUGUGUCUCGAAAACUUGAUCUCAACCCGACGCAAGCAGCCAGACCUCCCUCGCCCCCUCUGUGCCGUUGUCGAUUUGAUCGUCAUCAUGGAGUGGACCGCUGAUGUUUUCAACAAAUUAGGCAUACCGACCGUCGGGUUUUUCACUUCCGGAGCAUGCUCCGCCGCGAUGGAGUACGCCACUUGGAAGGCCCAAGUCCAAGACAUCAAACCCGGCGAGGUCCGGUCGCUUCCAGGAUUACCGGAAGAGAUGGCGAUUACGAUUUCCGAUCUUAAGCGACGGUCUCUGGGCCCACCACGCGGUCAUGGUGGCCCACCAGCUGGAGGUGAACUUGGGUCCAAGCCCAGGAGAAGGGGUCCAGCUGGGCCAGGUGAACACCCAUCAUGGGUCGAUGAAACUUCAGACUCGAUCGCUUUGGUGAUCAACACGUGUUACGAUCUAGAACGUCUAUUUAUCGAUUACCUCGCUAGAGAAACUGGAAAACCAGUAUGGGCUGUGGGCCCGCUACUGUCGGAACAAUACUGGGCCUCUGGCGGUUCGCUUGUCCGUGAUAGCAAAAUCAGGAACCGACAGGCCGACAUCACCGAGGAAAAGGUAAUCGAAUGGUUAGAUUCGAAGCCACGUGGAUCCGUGCUAUACAUUGCAUUCGGCAGUUUAGUGGACAUCACCUUAGAGGAGUACCCACAACUGGCGAGUGCAUUAGAAGAGUCGACCCACCCAUUCAUCUGGGUGAUCCGGAAGGACGCCGGUCGGAAGGGUGAACCGGAGGGAUACUUCCCUCACGGUUUGGACCAAAGAGUUGGCGAAAGGGGUCUGAUAAUCCAAGGAUGGGCGCCGCAGCUGUUGAUACUGAGCCACAAAUCAACGGGAGGGUUUCUGUCACACUGUGGAUGGAACUCAACAGUGGAGGCGAUUGGACGGGGCGUGCCGUUUUUGGCGUGGCCGCUAAGAGGCGACCAGUACUACGAUGCGCAACUGGUGGUGAGAUAUCUUAAAGUGGGGUACAGUGUGAGUGAGGAUAUGGGAGGAAUGGUGAAGAAGGAAGAGAUGGUGAAAGGAAUUGAGAAGCUGAUGGGAGACAAAGAGAUGAAGAGAAGAGCAGAAGCACUCGGAGCUAAGUUCGAGCAUGGAUUUCCAGAUACUUCAAUGGCUGCAUUGGAUGCUUUUACUGAACUUAUUGAGAAGAAAUCAGCUCCAGGCCAGUGAUUUUGUGUUCGUUUUCCUCUGUUUCCUGCAUGCUGUGUUAUCAAAUAUUGCAUGAUCAAGGUUCAUCUGUGAAAAAGAAAAAAGUUCAUGAUCAUUUAUUUGUCUGAGAUCCUACAGUUACAACAAGAGCAUGCAGGCAUGGCCUAGCAGGAAAAUUUUAUGAAGGUACAGAGAACAAGAAUGCUAAUCCGAGUUUGAAUUCAAAGAAUUUGAUAGCUGGAUAUAGUUGGAAAGGGAAAACUUAGGUGGGAGGGUCAUCAAUGGAUCAUCCCCACUCUUUUUUUGAAAUGCCAUCCCCAGUGCAUAUCCUAAGGCUCGAGCAACAGGGACAGCUACAGCAUUCCCAAUCUGACAGUACCUAAAAAAAAGGGUUUAUUGAGAUUCAGAUUCUAGGUUAUGUAUUCCAUGAUGUAUCUUGUACGAAAAUUGAAGAGGGUAGCUGAUUGCGGGCUGAGGGCCUUCACAAGCCACAAGUUUUUACAAUGUUUUGAAGAAAAUUGAUGGUACCUGUCUUUAACUGUUCCACUGAACCUAUAAUAAUCAGGGAAACCUUGUAGUCUUGCGUAUUCCCUGAUGGUAAGGAUUCGGUCCUGUUCUGGGUGUAAUAUUACCUGCACAAACUCAAGAAUUACAAGCAUAUUCCGGGACCAGGACAUGAAUAUGGUCAUGAACUAAAAGUAGAGAGCAUGAAGAUACCUGGUUGUGACAGGAUGGGACAGUCACUACGGUUGGCACUGUUUCAUCCCACCAUAAUCUUGCAAAUGGCCUGUAGAUGUA